GGGAAAUUACUGGAAGCCUAUUGCUCAGUGGGAUGAUCUGCUGUAACCAUGGGAGCGCUCCUGUUCAGCUGAUUGACAGUCCUGUCACUACACACAAGGGUCGCUCUUUCUUACACUUUGGGAUCGAGUCGGCGCAGAGUUUGCAGUUACUGAGGAACCCAGCGCUGUGAAGUCGCCUGUCCCUAACUAACUGGAUGGCUGGGAGCGAGUGGGCUCGGCUGGAAGCUGUUGUCAGACAUGGGCUGAGACAACUGAGAGAGCGCUACCUGCAUAGCGUGAGAGACUGGAGAGAGCAGGGGGUCACCGACCCCACAGGAGCCAGUGACGAGGCCGGGGAGAGCAGCCCAGAGCUGGGGGACAGUCUCCUGUGUGACCUGCCGGUGGAUAUGCAGCUCUAUAUCAUGACCUUUCUGACGCCACAUGACCUGUGCUCCCUCGGAAUGACGAAUCACUAUUGGGAUCAGAUGACCCGGGAUCGACUGCUCUGGAGAUAUUUUCUGCUGCGAGAUCUUCCGUCUUGGCCUUCCAUUGAGUGGCACAGCCUGCCGGAUAUAAGUAUCCUCAAUUCAUGUUUGUCUGAGUCUCCGGAUGGAGCAACCCCCGACUAUAUGUCUGUUUAUGUGAAGAGCUGCCCAAAGAACAGAAAAUCAACGAGAGCCAGACAUCCUAUUUAUGGAGCAGUCACUAGUUUUCUUCAGUCAUUAGUGAUGCAGACAGAGCCUCGAUUCGCCAUGUUUGGGCAGGGUCUGGAGCAGCUGGACGACUCUUUGGUCACACGGAUGAUGACGUCUCCAGAGCUCAGGCCGGUAGUGAGCAUCCUGCAGCGGCAGAUAGACGGAAUUGGCUCGGGAGUCACCUUUCAGCUUGACGAUCAACAUAAAUUUAACAUCUUAACCUUGUACUCCAGAACGCGCAAUGAACGAGACAGAGCCCGAGUGGAUCCCAACGUUGUGGGGAACAAAAUGUUUGUGCCAGAGGCCCCAGGAGACAACCAGCUGGCGACCCCAGAUAAUCUGAUCCCACAGGUGAAAGAGGUGUGCCGAAUAGUGGAUGGAUUCAUCUACGUGGCCAAUGCAGAAUCACACAACAAUCACAACCGUCCAGAGGAAAUGGCACAGGUUCUGGCCAUGACAGACCCUACAUUUGGACCUCUGAAGAGACCACUGCUGGUAUUAUCUUGUAUUGCCCAGCCUGGGAAUAAGCGGAUCCCAUGUGUAUAUAUGGCUCAUGAACUGGGACUUAACAAGCUACAGCGGCCCUGGAUGGUGCAAAACACUGAAGCAUCAACACUUUCGGGGCUGUUAGACGGCAUCGCCUGGAUCCUGAAUGAAGUUGGGAAAAAAAUGUAGAGGAAAUCACUGCAGCCGAUCUGAAUUCACGGAAAUGCCCCGUUGCUGUAUAAAUACUUGUUUAUGUACAUAUGAUUGUUAUUUUUUUAUAUUUGCUUUGCUCUAGGGAUGCAUCGAAUCCAGGAUUCAGUUCAGGAUUUGGUCUUUUUCAGCAGGAUUCGGAUUAGGUGAAUCCUUCUGCCCUGUCGAACCAAAUCCUAAUUUGCAUAUGCAAAUUAGGGGCGAAGAGGGAAAUCACGUGACUUUUUGUCACAAAACAAGGUAGUAAAAAUAGUUUUUCCCUUCCCACUCCUAAUAUAUGCAAAUUCGGAUUCGGUUCGGUAUUCAGCCAAAUCUUUCGAGAAUGAUUUGGUUGUUGGGUGCAUCCCUACUUUGAUCUAUUGUUUACAAUUCCAUUGGAUUUAAUAUCCUCACCUUUUUUAUCAGUCAAUUUAGAUGGUGUUUCAACCUUGGGCAAAGAGGUAGCAUAGAAGAAGGGGAGGGGUUUUAUAUGUAUUGAUUUAAUAGUAAUAAUCUCCGUGUAUGUGCCUUUAAAUCCAGAUUCCAUUCCAAGGGUUAUCCCAUUGAAUGUUAUGUCAUCACCUGCACUAUAUUAAUAUAAUAGCACGAUCCCUGCUGCUCAUGGGAUAUCAGACUGCAAGUUUCAGCUGUAAUGGACUACAGAUCCCAGCAUUCCCAGUGGCUGCAGGCCAUGAUGUAAAAGCAACUGACAAAAGUGAAUGGCGAUGGUUGGAAACACUCAGAAAACUUUCUUUACAACUGUUGUAUUAAUGUUUACAUCUGAUUGUUGGGUACAUAUUGCCUAUAUUUUAAUAAACCUAUAAAAGGA